AUGUUUUCAACCAGCCCGGCUCCAGAUGACAGGGAGGGAGUGCUUCAAGCUUCAGUCCCGCUAGACCUGCAAGGGUCGAAUCCCCCUACUGGUGCAGAGCGGAAGAAGCGCACACGGACUGGAUGCGUCAACUGCAGUCGCAGACGGCGAAAAUGCGAUGAGGCUAAGCCCAUGUGCACGGGCUGUAAGCGCCGGGGUGAGAAAUGCCAAUGGCGUAUGAUGGGUGCGUUUCGCGACUCGAAUAUCAAGGUGCUAGACUCAGACCACCCCUCUAUGAGCCAAGGCGUGGCAGCUAGCAAAAGCAAGCGCCAGAGCAAAUUUAAGAUUGUCAAUACUGCAAACCCACGGACAAAGCGUGCACCCAUGCAACAGGACCAAGUGCUCCCAGAGCAAGGAUCAGUGCAUGAAUCACCUCCACCAUCCGCCCCGGACCACAGUGCUACACCGGUGCCUGUGGCUGUUGCGGGGGACAAUCCAGACCCCACAAAUCCCCUGAUUGCCAAUGGGAUCCCUGCCUCAAAUUCCGGGGUAAACCAGGGUCUAUCACCGCCAUACUCAAGUGAUACGUCAUCGCAUCCACGAAAGACAUUUGACGAAACUCCAGGACAUGUUGAACUUCAAACACAUGUCAGCCCUCUGGGUCUUCAAGAACCAUCACCUGACUCCCGCUACGAACCAAAUCUCCAGUUUGACUUUCAGCCGCCUCAAACUAGAGACGACUCCACGUCACACCCCUAUAUAAAUUCCAGUCCCGAAUACGUGAUCAACGAUCUCGCUGCACUGAGGAUCUUGGCCAAAAUAGUCAGUUUCAUUCGUCGCGGCGUCUUUUCCGGACCAACAGAUCUCAUCAACGAUGUUUUCCUUCCUGGCUCUGCGUACGAGGCGCUUCAUACCACGCUACGAAAUCGCCAGCUAUGGACUGCAAGACCAGAUUUUCCGAGUCGUCGCAGUUCGCAAGAUUCCGUCCCUGCGGUGCAUACCCCAACAGGUUAUAGCGAUGCUGGCUCAGUCACAAGGACGGAGAGGGGAUCCCGGCGCUCAGGAUAUAGUAGACGUUUUGAAUUGCCACCUGAAAGAGAACAUGUUCUGUGGGAGAACUACCUCAACGAGAUUUGCUCGUGGCUUGAUAUGUUCGAUAAUCAACGACAUUUUGCUUCUACCUUCACCCAGAUGGCCAAGGCUUCAGCCCACCUUCGCUACUCUAUCUUGGCAUUGUCUGCACGGCAGCUUGAAAGACAACAAAAUGCCAAAUCUCAAUCUGAAAGUUUGUCGCUAUAUCAAGAGGCUAUUCAUCUCCUCCUACCAGAGUUGGGAAGCAAGACAACCCCUGUCAUUGCAUCCUGUGUCAUUUUGUGUGUCUUGGAAAUGCUGAGCUGCAACCCCAAAGAAUGGCGUCGCCAUCUAGACGGAUGUGCAUACCUCAUUCAAGCAGCUGGUAUCAAUGGAUUCUCCGGGAAAGAGGAACAAGCGCUCUUUUGGUGUUUUGCUCGAAUGGAUGUGUGCGGCGGCCUUAUCUCUGAAGAAGAAACCAUCAUACCAAUCCAUAACUGGAGACCCAGUGACAUGAGUUACAACGAAGCAGCGCAAACAUUCAUCGCUUCAGCAAAGACCAACGUCGACACAUAUGCCAACUACACAGUAUAUCUUCUCGCAAGAACGGUGAAUAUUCUUUUCGGUUGUGCGUCUAAACCAGAUUAUCCCUGUACAUCAUGCCAGUCUGUCCCCAACGAUGAUGGUGAUUCCUUUGUUCAUCGCUGGGCAGAUUCAUUUGAUCGCGUGGAAGAAUGGUAUGAAAACCGCCCGGCGCAGAUGAAAUCCAUUUUCAGUGUCGCCGCUUCCGAACGCGAAGGUCGAGAUCGGGCAUUUCCAAUUGCCUUGUAUGGAAAUGGGUCUGCGAUUUCCGGAAACCAAAUGUAUCAUGUCGCUGCCCUGUUACUUCUUCAGAGAAAGCCUAAGACACUGGUAUUGAAUAAAAGACCGAGAUCUGUUCUCUGGCACGCGCGGCAGAUAUGUGCGAUCUCCGCAUCUAAUGCACACCAUGGCUGCUGGACGAAUGCGUUACAGCCUCUCUGGAUAGCUGGAAAAGCCAUGUCUCACUACUCUGAACAUGCAGCCAUUGUUGAGACUUUGGUCCGGAUUGAGCGUGAGACUGGCUGGGCCACUGCUUGGCGUGUUGAAGACUUGAAAGAGUUCUGGGGCGAAUAUGACAAUGAUUAG